GAAGCAAAAGAACAAAAAGAAGCUGAAGCAGAAGAAGAAGACGGAACUCCGGGUCACGUGACAGGGUCGCGCAUCGUUUUGGUCCAUUUUGGAUGGUAGCGAGAGCUGUGCAGCCCAAGAAAAUGACCAAACUGCAGUUCCUGAACGUAUUUCUGACUGAGCGGCUCAUGCUCGCUGCGCAGGAGAUCUACAAGUCUGUGGAGGACACGAUCCUGGAGUACCAGGAGGAGAUCGCGAUCCGGGAGCGGGAGAACGACCACUUGAGACGCAGGCUGCGGGACGCUGGGAUGGAGACAUGGCCAGAUCGGCCGUCCAUGCCGCUGUUGGACGAGGAGGAUGGUGAGCACCCACGGCGUGAGUGGAGUCCCAGCAUGGGGCAUGAAGAGCGCAUCCCUCUUCAGAUUAAGGAUAAAAGAGAUCUCCGGGCCAGCCAAGGAGAGGAGCAGCUUCGUGGUCAUGGCUCUUGCACCACACCAGAGAACUUGUUCCCUCCCCCGCGUGUUGUUAGUGAGUAUCCUCAGGAGGGCCCCCACACAUCCACCCUCCCUCAGAGUCAAGGUGUGGAGAACAGGGAGAGAGAUCCUGCUCCUCGAGGCUCAUCGCGGCAUGUAAAGGUCGAGAGCGGAGGAGCCCACAGAGGCUCGACUUCUUCCAACAGCGGCGCCCAGCCACUCGCACCAGUCAACCCAAACUGUUCAAAUGAGAACAACAUUGACAUUAUCGGGGGGGAGAAUGGAGGACAGAUGGGUGGUGUGAAGGGAAAUGGAAGUGGAGCCAACAGAGGACAGGCCUCUCAAAUGCGCAACCAAGGAGCCAAUGCGGUGGACUGCCCUCAUCAAAAAUCCCCCCAACAAGGCCACAUGUCUUCUUUUUGCUGCAAGGUUUGCGGCGAGGCGUUUAGUCACGUCGGCCACCUGCACGUGCACGUACAAGUGCACACUCGAGAAAAACCGUAUCGCUGUGGUGUCUGUGGGAAAUGCUGCAGCUCCUCUGGCAGACUCCAGGAGCACCAGCGUAGCCACACGGGAGAAAAACCCUUUCGUUGUCAGAUCUGUGGGAAGGGCUUCACGCAGAUGGCUCACUUGAAGGUGCACAUGAGGAUCCACACGGGGGAGAAGCCGUACAGUUGCCCCGUGUGUGGCAAAUGCUUCAGCCGUUCUGACAAAAUCAAAAGGCAUCUCCAGACCCAUAGCCGCGAGGGAACAUACUUUUCACAGCAAUGAUGCAAGUGUUUUGUCAAACAACCAGUUUGUGAAUCAUAUUGAUGAGCGACGUUUCCUACAAACAGCUACAAUCGCUGCCAUUAAAACAAGGCGUUUACUGUCCAAGAACUCGAGAUUCUGCAGCUCUUGGAGAACACUGCUCCACGCCACAGUCCCUCAAUAUCAUUUGUAUUAGCCAGUUUAGUAUGUCAUUUACUUAAUUUUGUACUUGUCACUGAGUAUUACAUCUCGAAGACACAAUUUGUGUUAUUAGCUAGCUUUUAUGAAUUAUGUAGUCCUAUAAUUAGCAUGACGAAGUCUUCCACACAUGCCUUGAAGCUGAAUUGAGAAAUGCAACAAUGUGCAACAUGGUCACGGCUUAUCAACGAGUCGCCUCAUAUCCAUAAGUUUACACUUGAGUUUAAAAUCGGCAUACUUGGCAUCUAUCUCGUAAUCGUUAUUUUGCGACCUAAGAUUAAGAGUCUUCUCAAUUAAACUUGAGAAUCGACGGCCUGACAACUGACGCCUGCGUGGCAUCAACCAGUAACACUGCCACAAUUCUUUUUCAAUAUUUUAUGAAGCAAUUAAACAAUGACACAAGAUUGAGGCUUCCAAACAGCCGCCGAAAUGUGCCCGUCAACUGUCAGCGUGACUGACUUACAAGGAGAAGUCUGAGCUGGUCUUUAUCUGAACUUCCUGUCACAUCGUAGCAGAGCUGAAUACUGCCGUGUGCUGCACCUCACACCUAAGAAAUUCAUUCAGAAGUCCAUUGAAAUAUGAAUCCAUCUGUUGUGAGACUGCUCCACUAACGUGCUAUUCUGUCAAAUACCACUGGUCUCAAUCUACCGUUCAUUUAGGAGUUGUGUGGUGUUUUCCUUUCAACGACGUGCACUAAACGGGCCCUACAGUAUUAGCUGGAUCUAUCUGUGGUUCUUCAGGGGUCUGCACACAUCUACGUUCACCUGUGUUUCCACCACUGUCCUUCACAUGUCUGUCAUGGAGUCAUCGGGGGCAGCGGACCCUGCAGUCACCGUUCUCCUCUCAGGACUAAUGCUGCAUUCAUGACACGAGGGCGGAGCCUAAGUACGUCUGACUGGAGAAAGGUUGCAAGCAGUCAGGAACUCAGGGUUGGUGGGUUUUCUCCUGGAAUCUGUCCCUGCUUGUUGCAGACAUUAACAUUAACGGUUCAAAACAGAAAGAACAAUCUGAACCUGCUGCAAGAAGAAGAACUAAAUACAAUACGACACCUGGAGUGGUGAGCCGUCCAUGCGUGAUGAAUGACAGCUCGCCGUCAGCUGACCAGCAGCCCGUCACUCUUCUCCGGGACACUUUGCGCACCUGCGCACACACAGUGUUGUAUCAUUGCAUAUUAAAUGUUAUUUUUUAAUAAAGUAGAAAUUGAGUUUC